GUAUAAAAGAUUUUGUCGCCAGAGCUUAGCCAUCAGUCGCUCAUUAGGUACCCGGCGAACAGAAGUAGUCCAAAAAAUCCUCAAAAAUGAAACUGAUUGUGCUAGUCGUUGCCGCCCUCGUGGCCGUCGCUCUCGCCGCGCCCGCCGAGCCGGAGCCCGUCAAAAUUCUUCGUUCCGACUUUGAACAGCAGCCGGAGGGUGGAUACAAUUACGCUCUUGAAACUGAAGAUGGCGUCAAAAAGGAGGAGACUGGUGAGAUUAAGGUCGUGAAUGACGAGGAGAACAAACCCCACAGCGUGGUAGUCGUCCGCGGCUCCUACAGCUACACCGACAAGGAGGGGGCGCCCCACACCGUCACUUACGUCGCCGACGAAAAUGGCUUCCAGCCUGAGAGCGAAGACAUCCCCAAGGCGCCCCAGGCCUAAGAUCUCGACAUGAAAGAUAGUGAAACCGUGCCAUGAACUCUAGUUAUUUAGCUAAGCCAUAACAUCGUCGGGACGCGAGCGUGGCAUCCGCUUCGCAUUUCCCCAGUUACUCUUUGAUAGUUUGAUGCCGACUGCCAUUUUUUUUGCGUUAAUACUAUUUUUUGUUGACAUGUACUGUGAUUAUAUUUGAUAAAAAAACAAA